CAGGAUGCCGGCCUGCUGCUACCGAGUCGUAGUGUAGGCUUUUGGCUGGAGAAAGAAUACAGACUCAUUGAAUGAUUUCAGUUGAACAUUUCUUGGUCGAUGAUCUUCGCCAGUGUUGAUUUUGACUGACAAUAUGUCAAUGACCAGCAUCAACUAUGCAGAAGCCAUCUAUGGAGCCUAGAUUUGCAGGCAUUACAUUUUUCGCGACAAGUCAUGUUGGCGAUGUUUGUGGAACAAACGGGCUCCCCCUCACACCCAACUCUAUCACCAUCUAUGGUAGAUCUCAAAUACUUCGUACAUUCUCACAUCCAAAUCUUUGCGCCUAUUUGGACAUUAUUAGAGGAAAACAUGAACGAACAAUGAUAGUAUUGGAGUACUACGCACUUUCUCUUUCUUCGGCUCAAUGUUCUAUUUCUGAGCAGGGAAUUGUGAAAUUGUGCCAGCAAACUUUACAAGCUCUUGCAUACAUCAAUACUUUUGGAGUUGUCCACCGUUGUUUAGCUCCAGAUAAUAUUCUCUUUGAUUCAAAGGGCAAUGUAAAACUGUUCAACUAUGGAUUAUACUAUAUGACUGGGCAAGGAGGAGAUGUGAGCUUCCCUAUUGGAAAUCCUCGUUACACUGCUCCAGAAGUGUUUCUAGUUGAUUCACAAACUGUUUCUGGGCCCAAAGUUGAUGUUUGGUCAUUGGGUAUUAUUCUAGCAGAAUUAGCUCUUGGAGUGGGGCAACUGUGGCCAGAACUGAAAUUAGCUCAGCUUAUGCGCAAAGUUUUGAGUUUGAUUCAUUGUAACUCUGACACCUCAGUUCUGUCCCGUAUUGCUCGUGAGCAUAGCUGUUGGACAAAAUAUGAAAGUCUUCCUAAGAGCCUUGUUGCUUUGAUAAACAGUUGCUUGCAACUCAAACCCUCUGACAGACCUACCCCUGAGGAACUGUUAAAACAUCCUGCUUUCCUUGAACAUGAUAUAGCAAAUUUAGAGAUACAUCCCUUUGAAAGAGUUGAAGGAGUGCGUGGUAAGGAACAUGCACUCAGUAGCCUUCCUUUGCAAGAGCUGUUUUAUUUGUGGCGCCUUGCUGGAGGUGAUGUCCAGGCCGAGUUGAAGAAACAAGGUUUAAUUCGAACCAUGCCUACAAUUUUAUCAGUUCCUAGACUGGUUUUAUUAGAGGGCAAUAUUCUUGGGAAAAGGCGUGACCAGACUUCCUUAUUAGAUUUAAAAAUCAUUCCCUUGUCUCUUGACACCCUUGCUCUUCGCCUUUCAAAUGUUCCUGUAUCUGCUUACUAUCCAUUGAUUGAGACGAGAUCUGAAAUAAUUCAAGAUGAUGAUGAGUGUGAUGCAGCAAACCUGCCAUUAAUUAUUCGUGAGCGAGACACAGAAUAUCAGUUCCGCCGCAUUGUCCUUUUCCGAAGACUUCUUGAAGGCUACCCAUACACAAGAUCUGCUAUAAUCCGUGAAGCACGGAGGGACAUUCCUCCACUGUAUCGAGGUGCAGUCUGGGCUGCUUUGCUGGAAGUUGAAGGAGACAUUGAUGCUCAUUUUAUUGAAACAGAUAAAGAAACACCUACCCACACAGAUCGUCAGAUAGAGGUUGACAUACCAAGAUGUCAUCAAUAUGAUGAACUUCUUUCAUCUCGUGAAGGCCACAGAAAAUUUAAACGCGUAUUAAAAGCUUGGGUGGAGACAAACCCUCAGUAUGUUUACUGGCAAGGUCUUGAUUCUCUGUGUGCUCCAUUUAUUUAUCUAAAUUUUAACAAUGAAGCUAAGGCAUUUGCCUGUUUGUCAGCAUUCAUCCCUAAAUAUUUGCACAGAUUCUUUCUAAAGGACAAUUCAGCAGUUAUCAGGGAAUAUCUUGCAAAGUUUACUCAUAUUAUUGCUUUCCACGAUCCUGACUUGUCCAAUCAUCUCCAAGAAAUUGGCUUCAUCCCAGACCUGUUUGCCAUUCCCUGGUUUCUCACUAUGUUUUCUCAUGUAUUCCCACUCCCAAAGAUUUUGCAUCUGUGGGAUCAAUUACUCCUUGGGGAUGCGUCUUUUCCCCUGUAUGUUGGUCUUGCAAUUCUCCAACAACAUAGGGAUGCAUUGCUUUCCUCUGGAUUUAAUGAAUGCAUUUUACUAUUUUCUGAUCUGCCUGAAGUGGACAUUGAGCGUUGCCUCUCUGAUUCAGUAAGUCUAUACUGUUGUACUCCAAGAAGUACAACAUACAGACAACAUGAACGUGUCGUUGUUAAGACACCUUCACAAAAAAAUCGACCUCACCAUCCCGAUCUGGAGAUGAGUGCACAAACUGUUGCUGAACUUCAGGCAGAAUCCUGUCCACGUAUUAGUGGAGCAGAUCUUCUAGAUCUGUUAGACGCUGUCAAAUUCCCCCGGCCUAAAGUUCUUGUCAUAGAUGUACGAGGCCCAGAAUUAUAUAAUAUUGGCAGUGCUCCUGGUAGUAUAAAUAUACCUCACACUCGUUUUGACUGGACAGCUGAGAUUCCUCAGCUACCAAGCUGUCCUGAAGCAAAUACAUUACUUCAGAACCGUGGGAAAAUAUUGGUUGUGGCAGGGCAAGGGGACUCUCCGCAAGCAGCACAAGUGGCGCAAGUGCUCUUGCGCAGUGGUCUCCCGCGAGUUUGCAUAUUACACCGAGGCAUUGAUGUCCUUCAACUGGGAAAUUUGCUGACAAAACCUUCCAGUACCUGAUCUCCUCUUCAUCGCCAUGCUGGACACCCAAUGCACUUUUUAAGAAAGGUGUUCGGCAUUGCUGCUGAUGGGAAACAUAAAUAAAGACAGGAUAUCUAAGGCAUUCUUUUCUCAAUAUCCAAAUAAAUGUAUAUGCAUGUUACCACUUUGUUAUUUUUAUAAUUUAUAUCCAAAUCAUGUGUUCUAAUUUCAAUGAUGUGUGUAUCUGUAAUGUGUUCAAAAAUGAAAAAUGUUAAUCUGUGUUUUCUAAUGGAAACAUUUGCAUUCCAUGAAAGGGAGACCUUUAAAUGUUAUUCAUCACAAUUAUUUUUAUACAUUCUACUGGAUUUGGCAAUCCAGUCUAAAUAUUGAGCGGCAUUUCAAGUUUUCCUCAAUGCCAAUGGUGAAACGGGAACAAAUUAGCUGUGAUAACUGUAAGUGUGAAGAAUAUCCCAGUAAUAAAAAUAUUUUCUAAUAGUA